GUGUUUUUGAGAGCGGCGAGACGCGAAAUACCUCGACGCGCUCGUUUGUAGUUGACUGUGGGCGAGUCCCGCGACGCGGAGGGGAUGCGGGUGACCUUCACAUAAUGCAAGGAGAUGCGGUUUUAUUUCUGUACGCGUGAACGAAGUCACACGUCGAUGCUGUUUCUGAAUGAGGAAAGUGGCUUAAAAGAGAAAGUGGAAAUGGUUUAAUCCAUUCGAGGAUCUCAACAGGAAAUCUCAGUCUCAGUCAAGACGGGAUCCUCUGCACAUUUAUCAGGAAAUCUGUCUGCAGUGUGCUGUCUGCUAAACCUAUAAGCUUUCCAUACACACAAAAAGAGUCACUAUCAGUGUUUUAAACAUGGCAGCAGAUCUGAUCAAAGUCACCGUUCUCGUCCAGCUUCUUGAUUUGGUGACAAGCGACAGCAUUGACUUCUACAAUAUCAUUCCUGCUGUAGAAGCCACCCCGUACCCCAAGAGCUUCAAGUGCUUCACAUGUGAACAGGCCUUAGACAACUACAGCUGUAACCGCUGGGCAGAAGAUGUGUGGUGUCCUCAGAAUACCCAAUACUGUAUGACGAUACACCACUUCAACCAUCAUGGGAAGACAAAAUUUGUUACCAAAAGAUGUGCUGUGCGUGAAGAAUGCCAGUUAGCUGGCUGCAGACAUCACAAAAAUACACACCAUGAGUGCGUGUCUUGCUGUGAAGGGAUGGUUUGUAAUGUAGAGCUGCCGACCAAUCACAGUAACGCAGUGUUCUCCCAGAGACAAACCCACAGCUCAGCAGCUCCCACUUUCAGGAUUUGUGCGAUCCUGCUGGUCCCAGUUCUCGUGGGACUGCUACCAUUGUGAUGCUCAAUCAUAAGAACCUGUUCGGUGAUGAACAGCACUGCAAAUCAUUGAGACAAAGGAGAUGCCGUCCACACUGGAAUAGUAAUACGGUCAGAUGAAUGCUUUCAUUAAGGCCAUAGAAAUAUGCAGGAGAAAGCUAGUGCUCCCAUUCAUCUCAGUGGCAGGAUGUUGCAGGAUUCUCUGGAAGAAUGUGAUUUGCCAUCUUUGCUGAUGGGCUCACAGAUGUUCUCAUGACUGAUCGGUGACUAAUCAGACUGGAGCCGCGGGAAAAAUUACAUCAUGGCUUGGCUGAUUGGUUAAUGCACCACAAGAAGACAACGAACACUCGCUAGUGACUGUCUGGAGCUGUGAUAUGUGUCAAAUUCACACUCUUCAAAAUCAAAAUCUACAAUUAUAUAAUAAAAUAUUUGUGACUUAGACAUUACUUGCUAAGUACUUUAGAAAAAACUAUGGAGUGGAAGGGUGAAGGAUGCAUUUUGCAGCCAAAUGGUUUAGUGGCAACUCAACUAUGCAAAUUAGCAAAACAAUAUCUUCAUUUUUCUGCGAGGAGACGUGCUCGGUCAGCGCUGGAGGAACCGUGUGCGCAGGAAGUUGCUGCGUCAGGACGGUCUGUCAAUGGAGUAGUAUCGCUUGUGAUGACUGCUUACUAAUGACUUGCUAAAUAGGACAGAGAACCAGACGGGUUGCAAAACAGUAUUUAGCAGCUAAAGCAGCAGAAUUAACUUGUGCUGCCUCACUGGAUUUGUAUUGAGCAAAUUGAGGCUCACACACUGAGCAUUGGAAGUCUCUUUGUGGGAUGGUCCUGUGGCUCUGGUCCCAGAUUCUGUCACACAGGCCAGGCACAGCAAUGAGAAGACGCGGGAUGUGUUGUUCUAGUUUUCUAAACGGUGUGAAUGUCUCUAAAAGAGAUCUGGAUUGCUGCAUAAAUUACCAUGGACCGGUAUAAUGUAAAAGCACUGAUUAAUUAAUUGCAAUUGCAAGUGUAUUUUGAAUUAUUAUGGCUUGACUAUUGCAAAUGCUGUCAUUUUAUACUGCCCCAACCAAUAGAAAUAAAUAUGCGACCAUAUUUAACUAAUCCCAAGUUAACUAUGCACAAGUAUUCUACAUAUGUUUAAUUAUUCUGCUACUAAAAUUUACCUUACAACUGGCAUUAAAUAAAAAAUCACUCUCAUCUAUUUUCUAAAUAUAUUUUAUUUAUCGUAUUGCGAAUGAUUCGUGUUUACUUUUUAUUUUUACUCAAAAUGUCAGAAAUUGCACCAUGACCUACAAC